UACGUAAGUCAUAUUGUAAGCCAUGUGUCAGUUGUUUAGCAAUACAUGAGAUUGUGUUUUACUUUUUUAAGUGAAGUGACAGUAAAUGAUCACUAAAUAUAUCACUUAUUUGUUGUCUCUUUAGUGACUCUUUUAAGUCUUAAAAUCUGUGAUUUGUUAAGUAAUUAUAAUUUGUUUGUCACUAAAAGAUGUCUUUAGUUGAGACCAUAGCACUCGUGGCAACUGUUAUCACAUUUGUUUCAUUCCUCAGCGGUUUGUCCAUAUGUUUAAGUAUUUACCGAAAAGGGUCAACUCAUGACUUCACGGCCGUCCCAUUCAUGGCAGGUGUCUUGUGUUCAACUCUUUGGUUAAGAUAUGGUUAUAUGUUAACGGAUGGGACGAUGAUAUUUGUCAAUAUAAUUGGUUUAAUUUUUCAAUUAUCAUAUCUGUUAUGGUUUUAUGCUUUCACUAAAAAACGAAGUCAAUUAAAUCGUCAAAUCAUCUCUUUAUUGUUGACAUUAGUUUUGGGAUAUMUAGUGAUAGAGUUGCGUUCAGAAGCCAUAUAUUGGACGGGACUGUUGGCUUGUGUAUCAUCUCUGGUAUGCUGUUCAGCGCCAUUGGUUGUCAUUCCCGCUGUUAUAAAGACUAAGAGUACCGAAAAGUUGCCGUUUCCUCUAAUUAUAUCAUCAUUUUGUGUGACCAUAAUGUGGUUUCUUUACGGAUUAGCUAUUACUGAUCAAUUUGUAUCGGUUACCAAUGGUAUCGGUGCUCUAAUUAAUGUUUUACAGUUGUUAUUGUUUGUUAUAUAUCCAAAUUCAUCAAAAACACAUAAAGAGUAAAAUCACUUAAGACUACACAAAAGUAUUCACUUAAUUGAGACAAUAAAUUUUACAUAUAUAUUAAUUUAGCUAUUUUUAACUACUACUUUAAGCUAGUAUAUAUUUUUUACAAUUAUUUUAUAAAAAAGAUUUUUUUUAAAAAUAU